AUGAACAGACUUGUCUCACCAAAAUGCCUUCGGUGCCCAACCUUUCAGGCGGGCAAAUGUUCGGGAACCACUAAGCGGCGAUUGAAGACCGAAGCGACACCGCUCACUCGCACAGAUAAGCAAGAGGGCGAUAUUUCCUCUGUGUUUUCUACCUUCUCCGGCAGAAAGAGCGCGCCGCUGCCAGACCGGUUUCGAGAUCUGAAACGACACUUAACCGUUGGCUUUGAAGAAGAGAUUCAAAAGUCAUGGGAUGAGCUUGUUGAGGUCCUAAAAGUCCGGACUGAGGAGGUUGCUACCAAGCGAGAGUCGAUUAUCCCUCAACUGAACUUUGCGGAUAUUCAAGCCGGAAAUGUAUCGGCCGCUAACAAGGAAGCAAUUCGACAAACUGGUGUUGCUGUCAUUAGAGGAGUCGUGCCAAAGGAGAACGCUGAGGCGCUUCUCGCUGAUGUUCGACAAUAUUUUAAGGAACACCCUUUCAAAGGCUUUCCAGCCAAUGCAGACGAGAAGGUCAUUUACGAAUCAUACUGGAGUCCCUCUCAGGUGAAAGCCCGGUCGCAUCCCAACAUGCUUGCCACACAAUCUUGGAUGAACCAAUUGUAUUCUGCUGCCCCAGAUCAAAAGAUUGAUCUUUCGGUUCCAUUGACCUAUUGUGACCGUGUCCAAAUCCGCCCACCUGGAGAUAGACAUUUUGGACUUCCUCCUCACGUUGAUGGCGGAGGAGUUGAGCGAUGGGAGGAUCAAGCUUACAACCACGUCUACCGCAAAAUCUUCCAAGGAAAGUGGAAAGAAUACGACCCAUGGGAUUUGACGGGCCGUCUAGAUGCCAAUAUGAACAUGUAUGAAGCCCCAGGAGGGUGCUCUGUUUUCCGAGCAUUCCAAAGCUGGCUCGGACUUUCACGUCAUGGGCCUCAGGAAGGUACUCUCGUUGUUCACCCCAUCCUGCAGCCAACUACUGCCUAUUGGAUGCUUCGGCCUUUCUUCAAGCCUACUCGCAAAGAUUCACUUGAUGGGUGGAAGUUCUCUCUUGAUGAUGAAGAGGGAGACCUUUACCUUCACGGUGCUAACCCUGGAACGGCCCAAGAACAUACACCUGAUCACCAUCCUCACCUGAGACUCCAGGAAACCAUGAUUCCAUAUCCUACUGUUGAGCCAGGAGACACCGUGUUUUGGAGCGCUGAUACCAUCCAUGGCACCGAGACUGUCAACACUGGAAAUAACGAUGCGUGUGUAUUCUACAUUCCAUCCGUUCCUUUGACCCUGAACAAUGCGCAAUACGUCGCCCAACAACGUGAUGCCUUCCUAAAGGGUGUUCCCCCACCCGACUUCCCGGGAGGCCUGGGUGAGACCGGGUUCUUUGACAGAGCCAAUGUUAAGGAUGUCCAAUCCGAGGCCGGAAAGGUGGCCAUGGGCCUCAAUCCUGUCGAUUUGAAAGGCAAGAAUGACGGUCUCGAGAAGGAGAUCAACAAGAUUUUGGGAUACUGA